GAUCGAGCACCCGGCGUCCGACAACACGGCGUCCGGCUCCGGAGGGCGGUCCUCCGGCUCGCAGCCGCGGCCCGACUCGUGGCGGGGCCGCAUCGCCUCGUCCAACAUCGGCCGCAGCGGGACGUCAUCGCUCGCCCACGUCACCUCCUUCUUCGAUUCCGAGCGCCUGGCCCGCUCGGCCGUGCAGUCCGAGGGUAGCUAUUCGCCGCAGGGCCCUAACCGGAUGCGAUGGCCGUUCUUGGGGAGCAUCAGGUCCCAGCGGUCGUCUCCCACGUCUCCUGUAUCUGGAAUACAUGCGCCUGAUUCUGACGCCGGCGACCCCAACGAGAUACACCUCCCGUGGCGUCCUUUGUUUCUUCACAGACGGGUUCUGGCCUUGUUUGUCCUUUUGUUCGCUGCUCUAAUCGCAGGUCUGGAAGCUGUGCUGGUUAUAUCAAAUCAAAACGACGGACUACGGAAAUCCAACGAAGCCUCGAGGCUCCUCUGGCAGUAUGGCGUGGUCCUCGUCUUUGUCGUUGUUGCUGCCCUUUGGGCGAGGGUCGAGUAUCAAGCCGCGGUUACAGCACCGUGGAUACGCAUGUCAAAGGCCCCCACAGACAUCGACAAGUCCUUGCUCCUCGAUUAUGUGUCACGAUUUCCGCCUUUGGCAAUGGUGAAAGCCAUGCAGAAUAAGGAUUGGCUGGUUGCAGCGACCUUUGUUGUCGGCCUGCUUCUCAAAGUCGUCAUCAUCUUCUCCACUGCCAUGAUAACACCCAGGCUGAUUCCAGUUUCCAACCGCAGCACCGCAAUCACUGUGGAGGCGGGCUUUGCCCAGAGCAACACCGGGCUAGAGAACGUGGGGUCUCUGCCAUAUUUCGCCAUGGCCGGCCUACAAACAAACAACAUGAGCCUCCCCAACGGGGUGUCUUCUCGAGCUGCCUACUUACCGUUUUCCAGCGAUAGGGACGACUUGACGACGUUGAAUGCGACUGUGGAUGGAUUUAUUGGUGGCAUGGAUUGCGAAACGGCCGCGCUGACCUUGAGCACGAUGCGAUUCCAAGCGGGUUCCAUUCGGAUCAAUGUAACGGCGUCGACAAACGGUUGUUCCACCAGCCAGCUUAUAUGGAGUACUCGAUUCAUCACCACCAGCGACGACAAUCUCCCGAGGAAAUUUCUACUCUUUCAAGCCGGGAGCUGUGAUAAAUCUACCAAGACGGAGGACCAGCGGAUUGUCGUGAUGGCCGGCACAGUGGAUCUGGACCUUGACGCCAUCACGAAUGCCAAGAAGAAAUCGUCGAGCACCACCACGACCCUCAGCGGCAAGCUUUUAAGCUCGACCGCCUUUCUAUGCACGCCAAACUACGCAAUCAUGAAGAUGCAAGUUUCCAAGGAAGCGGAAAAUCUCUUAUCGAUCCAACAAGCCAAUGGUGCAAAAAACACGACCCUCGAUGGAGUCGACCCCUGGAACAUUGCAGCUGCUCAAUUCAAUUCAUAUACCACCACCGAGACCACUGGAGACAAUUCUUUUGCGGCCGCCACGGAAUUCUACCAGAAUGAGGCAGUUUUCUUCGCUAACAAACCGAUGUAUGCGGCCCUGGCUAUGAGAGCCAAGGAGUCAGGGUCUCCACCGGAGCUGGCUUCCUUGGAGAACAGUUCGACGUUGGAGCAGCUUGCGAAGGAUUACUACGCGCAGUUCUCAGCGUUGAUUGCGAGGUAUUCGAUGACGGAGCCAACUUCAACUUCGGCAACCGCAGUUUCAAGCUCCACCCAGCGUCGACUCAUCGUGAGGUCUCCUCCUACGCAUCUUAUGGCUGGGUUUUUGGCCGUUUGCCUCUUGAUCACCGCCGCAGCCAUAUUCGGAACCCCGACCAAGGGAUUUCUUCCGCGAGAUCCAGCCGCGCUCGUCGACAUGGCCGCCAUCGUGGCCCAUAGCCACCCCCUUGUUGAGUGCCUCCGAGGCAUGGGUGCUGCGAGCGAGGAAGCUAUCCGGGUGAGGUUGGGAGGUUCGGAGUACACCACUGGUGCAGAAGGGCACGAGAAGCUGGGAGACCCCAACUUGGGAUACUUUCACAUCUUUGGCGGCAAGGAACCGCCCCGGAAUGCUCAUUUACGCCGUUCUGCUACGGUGCGAUGGCGCCAACCGGUCUUCUUCCACGGGCUCAUCAGGCUUCUCUACGCCAUUGUCCUCGCAAGCGUCAUUAUCGGCUUCGAGGUGGCGCUGCGGGCAUCGGAGCGAUUUGACGGGGUGAGGACUAUCGACAACGACGACGCCUACAUGGCCUGGACCGCGGCGCCGGCUUUGGUGCUGCUCUCGAUCGCACUGUAUAUGAGCGAGGUGGACUGGUGGGCGAGAGUUCUCGCGCCCUUCGCUCACUUGACUCGCCAGGGCGAGUUCCACGAUACGAUUGCGCUGAACUUGGUCGACGUUUCGAGGCCCGUUGCCUUGUGGCGGGCCUUGAAGAUCAAGGAGUUCGCUGCCCUGUCAACAAUUUGUGCGGUAUCCCUUGCAGGCCUGUUCACCGUUGCAUCUGCAGCCCUGUUUGAGCCGGUUUCAGUUGAUGCUACUACUGGCGUGGUUCUCCACACUGGGGACUUCUUUGCAAAUAGCCUGGCCUCAUCUCCUGAUGAUCCGAUCUGUACCGACUGUAACAACGACACCCUUGCUGCGUCCCUGAUCCUUGUCGGGGGUGCUCCGUUUCCCAACUUUACCUUUGCCGACCUCAACGUGCCCUCCGUCACCCUGGAGGGUGAGGAUUCUGCCGGCGACGACUCCAAGAUUUCAGUCAGGUUGACGGCCAUCCGGCCUAACAUGACGUGUCGGCUGUAUCUGUCCAACGAAAUAUCGACCAACAUCACGCUCGAGUAUACAACUGAUGACAACAUUGUGAACCCUCUCCAGAUCGACCUCAAUGGCGAGACUUGCCGCAGAGCCGGAGCGAGUGAUAGCAACGCCAUUCUUGGAACAUCGGACGCCUCCGCCGAGAGCGAUAGCAGCAGUUCAGACAACGGCGUGUUCUUUGGCGUGGGCUUGGGCAAGACGAAUGCAUCCUCGCAAUGCUCCGACUGGAUCUACGUCUGGGGCCGGCUGGCUAACACGAACAGCGACAAUAUCUCGGUUAGCAGCAUCAACGCCUUGGCGUGCAACGAAACAAUCCAAGCAGUCGAAACGGACUUAAAUCUCCAUGGCGCCAGCUUGCAAAUCGACUCGUCAGACCCUCCGGUUCCAGAUGAAACGACGGUUGAGGACACAGAAGUGGCUAUCCCAGAUCUUGACUAUUCGUCUUUGAUCAACGUGACCCAUACCGGGCUCCUCGACGCAUUUUUCGCCAUGUUGAAUGCAUCCGAAUUUGCUGUGUCAGAUGAUGCGCUUGGAGGCUCAUCGGCCGCCUUGGCCGGUGAUGUUCGAUCCGCCAUCCUCAGCCAGCACGGUAUCAUCCGGGCCCAGUCGUUGAACUUCAAGAGCCGGCGACACUUGUCCUCAUCUGGAGCGUUUCCGACUGUGAAUGGGCAGGACAUCAUGAGCGGCGUCAAGCCUGACGCGUCUGUUUCCGAAACCGUGCCGCUGGUGAACGGCAACUGGGUCUUCCAGCGGAUCCGGCUCCGGCAGGGCGUCGUCGCCACGAGGAUCUUGCAGGGUAUCGUCGGCGCUGUCUUGGUUCUUCACAUCAUAUCUUGGAUGUUUAUGCCGAAGAACCGUCUGCCUCGAUCGCCCACAAGCAUCGCCUCCGUGGCUGCCCUCCUCGUGGAUGGCAACCUGCUCAGGAUCUUGCCUCGCGGAGCGCAGUGGCAGCCCAGGAAGGAAGUCGAACAGGGACUUCGGGAGAGUGAGCUGGCCGAAUACUACGAGAUGGGAUGGGAGACGACUCGGAUACGAAAAAGGCGAGAUGGGCGCACGGUCAAGGUGGAGGGUGGUAAUUUUGGCAUCUGGGCUCGCGCGGAGGGAGAGUACGGGCCCAAUGAGGAGAUUGAGAUGACACCCGUCGAGAGAAGACCUGAGAGGUCGACACCCCCGGAGAGAUCAACACCCCCGGAGAGGCCUGAGGGGAGAUCUAAAGGGAAAUCUACUGAUAUGAGGAACAUCUACAAGCCGCUGCCUGCUCAGAUGCCGUCCGUGGACAUGGGUUAUAUGCGGAGGGUUCCUUCAGAGAGACGCAGGUCAUCUGUUCCGAGGUCGUAUUUGGAGAAGAGGCCGUCAGAGCCGAUGCCGAUGGGGACGAUGCCCACGGAAAUGAGGCCAUCCGAACCAACAUCAAUAGCCAGGAUGGUUGGAGAAAGGAGGCCUUCGGAGCCAACGCCGAUGAGGAAUAUCAUCCCUACAGAAAGGCGGCCGUCGGAACCGACAUCAAUAGGGAGGGCGCCGAUGGAAAGGAUACCAUCCGCGCAACCAUCCACCGACAGCAUGGCUUCAGAAAGAAGACCAAGAGAACAAAGACCUAUGGCCCCCGCGCCACUGGAGCGCCUAGGCAUGGUCCGCAGAGGCACAGGGACUCUCGGGGCCGACCCCGUCCAAAGAAGAUCCGUGGUGGUUGGCAACGACCCGCGUGCUUCGACGCAGACGACGGACGGGAAGAAGGAGGUUGUUAAGGUGUGGUGGAAAUCAUAAUAUCGCAAGGUUAAUGGGCGGUAAUGUCAUGCGAGUAUCUGCGUCAAUCUAGAUUAUUACCUACCAGGGGAUAUACAUGCCCGGUGGAGUUUUUGGAUUUGGGAAUUGAAGAGGGAGGAUUAUUGGUUGGACCAGGACACAAACAAUGGAUGCCGCUGCCCCCAAAGACACCUGACGAUUUUCUAUGUACAUAUUAUGCGCUUAUGUAGAAUACAGCAGCUUAUACCAAAAGGUUAAUGCGAUGCCCAAAUUCGAGGCUCUAUUCGCCG